AUGUCCAUUCCAAGAGUCCAAAAGCCCCCCACAGAUGGGAGCAGCUACAUCAUCAACCGAAUGGAUGGUGACAUUUUCACUAUGCCUGGCCUGAGAGGAACAUUUCGGUUUUAUGCCUCGGAGCAACAAACCGAUAACAGAAUCAGCGUGUUUGGGUGGGAUGGGCCAGCCGAUGAUCAGGCAUUCCAUCAUCACAAGAAAACGCACGAUUGUUUCCUUAUCACCGAGGGUACUAUGAAAGCCUAUUGCGGGGAUCAGUGCCGUAUUCUGAGCCCCGGUGAUUUUUGUUCCGUGCCACCUUUCACCAUUCAUAAACCUACCCCCCUUGGACCUAUCACUAGAGUACUGCCUCUGAUUACCCCUGCUGCAUGGGUUAAUUUCUUUCGAGACGCGUCCAUUCCUUUUAAUGGACUCAUGUUCCCCGAAUUCGUCAGCGCUGAUCGCCAAACAUCUAUUGCACAAAUGCUGGGGCCAGAUUUUGAAGAGAAGUAUGAUAAUUAUAACGAACAUGUCGAGAACCCACCCCCUGUCACGCCGUGGACGGAGGCAGAUGAAGUUCUCCCUGACGGUGUUGUGCCCUAUUAUCUGAAGUACAACAGUGGACCUAAGUGGGUUUUGGGAGGAGUUUCAUCCCGACCCUUUAUUACCACGACGCAAAGCGGUGGUAAAUUUGCGAUCUCGAGUAUCGAGUCAUCAAACACUUAUGGGCCGUCUGUGUUUUCUCGACAGAUUUCCUUCCCCAACACCCACCACUGCUUGGUUUUGCUUGAUGGCUCAGUUGAAGUUACGCUUUCGGGUGGUAGUCCCACUCUCGCCCAUGCGGGGGAUGUUAUAUUCCUCACUGCUGGGUCGGCCUUCUCAAUCGACUUCAAGACUAAAUAUGUUCGAAUUUGGAGCUACGCCAGCGGGGAUGGCAUUGAAGCUUUGAUUGGGGCCGCAGGAACUCCGAUGAAGGCUCAAGCUCUUCCUAAUGAGGCCCUGGAGAUUGACGAGGCUAAAGUCAAUGAUGCGUGCAAGACCCUUGGUAUUGAAAUUGUUUAA